AUUGGGCACACAAGCUUUCAAUUUAGUAGCGCUCCACAAAUGGCCUCUGCGUAUAUAUACAUUAUUGAAUAAGUUGGAUGAACUUGCAAGUUACCAAUGGAGGAAACGAUGAAGGAUUUGGAGGGGAAGAAAGUAUGCGUGACUGGCGCUUCAGGUUUUGUAGCUUCGUGGCUGGUGAAGCGCCUUCUGCUUUCAGGGUAUCGAGUGAUCGGCACCGUCAGAGAUCCAGAUGACGAGAACAGAGUAGGCCAUCUCCGAAGGCUGGAGGGAGCGCGAGAGAGACUCGAGCUAGUUCAGGCCGAUCUGCUCAAGGAGGGAAGCUUCGACGACGCCGUUUUCGGAUGCCAUGGCGUUUUCCAUCUCGCCUCGCCCGUGCUCGGCACCCCUAAGUCCGAUCUCAUGGUUGAGAUACUGCAACCUGCAAUCGACGGGACGCUGAACGUGCUGCGCUCGUGCAAGCGGAAUCCAUCGCUGCGCCGCGUGGUUCUGACGUCUUCGUCGUCGACGGUGCGGAUCCGACCGGAUCUCGAGGGCGCGGCGCCUCUGGACGAGACGUCGUGGAGCAGCGAGGAGCUGUGCGAGAAGCUGCAGAUCUGGUACGCGUUGUCGAAAACGCUGGCGGAGAAGGCGGCGUGGAGAUUCUGCGAGGAGAACGGCAUCGAUCUGGUGACGGUGAUGCCGUCGUUUGUGAUCGGGCCGAGCUUGCCCGCUGCGUUGAGCUCCACGGCGAGUGAUGUGGCUGGAUUGCUGAAGGGGGUGAGGGAGAGAUUCGAGUGGCAUGGAAGGAUGGGAUAUGUUCACAUUGAUGAUGUUGCGUUGAGUCAAAUUCUGGUCUAUGAGAAUCAAAGCGCACGAGGCCGCUAUCUCUGCAGCUCCACUGUCAUCGACGUUGAUGAACUGCUCGCGAUUCUCUCGUCGCGUUAUCCGUCACUUCCAAUCCCCAAAACAUUGCUCAAACAUGAGAGACCGCACUAUGAUUUCGACGUCUCGAAAAUCAAGGGAUUGGGAAUGACAUUCAGAUCUAUUGAAGAAAUGUUUGAUGAUUGUGUUGAGUCUUUAACCAUGCAGGGUCAUCUCUCUCCAUAGAGAUAUCAGUAUCUACUUAUAUUUCUAUCAUGUGCUCUUUAAUUAAAUAAAAUCAUUAUAUAAAUAAAUUGUCCUACUUGGGCCUCUUGCAA